CUCUUUCUUUCUCUAAUAUUCACAUCUCAAAUCUCCCAACACACUCUCUCUCUCUUAGACCAGAGCUUCUGGGAGCUCUUUCUCUCGCUAAUGGCAGAGCUCAGACCCUAAUCCCAGCUACCUAGAUAAGCCCAUACACAAUACACACAAACUUCUCUCUCUAUCUCUCAAGCUCAACAAAAAACAUGAAACCUACACUCUACACUCGCAACACCUCUCUCUCUGUCUCUGUCUUUGUUUUCCUCAUCGGAGUGCUUUCCGUACAAGUGGCAGUGGCAUCGUCUUCACCCUCUUCUCCUCCGCGAGACCCAACUCAUCAACUCCUCAGCUUCAAAGCCACUCUCCCAAACCCUUCCCUCCUUUCCAACUGGCUCCCCAACACCAACCCAUGUUCCUUCACCGGCAUCACCUGCACCACUACCGCCGGCGCCGGCGCCUCAGUGACAAGCAUAGACCUAUCCUCCGUCCCACUCACCACCAACCUCACCGCCGUGGCAACCUUCCUCCUGCCACUGGACCACCUGCAGGUGCUGUCCCUGAAAUCCGCCAACCUUACUGGCCCCAUUCCCUCCCCUUCAAACUCGUGCUCCUCCUCCCUAACCACCAUAGAUCUCUCUCAAAACGCAAUCUCAGGGUCCCUAAACGACAUGUCGUUCCUGUCGUCGUGCAACGCGCUCCAAUCCCUGAACCUCUCCAACAACCUCCUCGAGUUCCCCGCUAACGGUUCUCCCAAAUGGACACUCCGAACCGGUAACUUCCUCAAAGUAGUAGACCUCUCCUAUAACAAACUCACCGGCCCCAACGUCCUCCCUUGGAUCCUCUCCACUGGCUGUACAGGUCUCCGCACGCUCAACCUCAAGUCCAACAAGCUCACCGGGGUAACCGACUUCUCCAGUUGCCGGAGCCUCCAGCAUUUAGACCUCUCCUCCAACAACUUCUCCGUCGCCAUUCCCUCCCUCGGCGAUUGCUCCUCCCUCCAACACCUCGACCUCUCUGCCAACAAGUACUUCGGCGACAUUACACGUGUCGUCUCCUCCUGCACCGAACUUGUUUAUCUCAACGUCUCCGGUAACCAGUUCUCCGGCCCUGUUCCCUCACUCCCCACCGGUUCGCUCCAGUUUCUUUACCUCUCCGGCAAUCACUUUACCGGUCAGAUUCCGGUCGCCAUGGCGGAAGGUCUCUGCUCUACGCUUGUUGAACUCGAUCUCUCGUCCAAUAACCUCACGGGUCCAGUUCCCCACGAGUUCACGUUGUGUUCGUCUCUCAUCUCGUUCGAUAUAUCGGCUAACAGAUUUACCGGUGAGUUACCGAUUGAGAUUUUUGUGAAAAUGGAGGGGUUGAAGGAGCUUUCUGUUGGGUUCAACCAGUUCGAAGGGUUGCUCCCAGAGUCAUUGACGGAGAUGGUGAGUUUAGAAUCCUUAGAUCUGAGUUCGAACAAUUUCUAUGGUACAAUCCCAAAGUGGCUAUGUCAAGAUCCUAGGAAUCGUUUGAAGGAACUGUUCCUACAGAAUAAUCACUUCACGGGUUCUAUUCCGUCCACUCUCAGCAACUGUUCUAACCUAGUGGGAUUGGAUUUGAGCUUCAACUACCUGAAUGGAAGUAUCCCUUCCACUUUGGGGUCACUCUCCAACCUCCGAGACUUGAUCAUAUGGCUGAACCAGCUGACUGGUGAGAUUCCGCAGGAGCUGGGUAACAUAAAGACGCUACAGAAUUUGAUCCUGGACUUCAAUGAGCUAACAGGAAGUAUCCCUGCCGGUUUAAGCAACUGCACGCAGUUGAAUUGGAUUUCCCUUUCAAACAACAUGCUCACGGGGGAGAUCCCUUCCUGGAUUGGAAAGCUUUCGAAUUUGGCGAUCUUGAAGCUUAGCAACAACUCAUUCUCCGGCAGCAUUCCGCCAGAGCUGGGCGACUGCCACAGCCUGAUUUGGUUGGAUCUCAACACCAAUAAGCUGACCGGAGCAAUCCCGCCCGAGCUUUUCAAGCAGUCGGGGAAGAUUGCGGUAAAUUUCAUCAGUGGGAAGACUUAUGUUUACAUAAAGAAUGAUGGGAGCAAGGAGUGCCAUGGCGCCGGGAACUUGCUGGAGUUUGCGGGGAUCAGCCAGAAGCAGCUCAACAGGAUUUCAACAAAGAACCCCUGCAACUUCACCAGGGUCUAUGGAGGUAAGCUUCAGCCAACGUUUAACCAUAAUGGUUCCAUGAUCUUCUUGGACAUUUCUCACAACAUGUUGUCUGGUACGAUUCCUAAGGAGAUUGGUGUAAUGUACUAUCUCUACAUUCUCAAUUUGGGGCAUAAUAACAUUUCUGGUAGCAUUCCUCAAGAGCUUGGCAGCAUGAAGAACCUCAACAUUCUUGAUCUCUCCCACAAUAGGCUCCAAGGCUCCAUUCCACAGAGCUUGACUAGUCUCUCCCUGUUAACAGAGAUUGAUUUUUCUAACAACUUCUUGGCCGGGUUGAUUCCCGAGUCCGGUCAAUUCGACACCUUUCCGGCGACAAGAUUCCAGAACAAUUCUGGUCUCUGUGGAGUGCCUCUUCCUCCCUGCACUGCCGACUCAGGUCUCGGUGGUGCUCAGAAUCAGAAGUCUAAUAACAAGAAGCAGGCGUCUCUUGCAGGGAGUGUGGCCAUGGGCUUGCUAUUCUCCCUCUUCUGCAUAUUUGGUCUGAUGAUUAUCGCCAUUGAGGCUAGGAAGAGGAGGAAGAAAAAGGAAGCGGCGCUCGAGGCCUAUGUGGAAGGAAAUUCGCAUUCCGGCACUGCCAAUGGUGGCUGGAAAUUGACAAGUGCCCGGGAAGCUCUGAGUAUAAACCUCGCCACAUUCGAGAAGCCUCUAAGGAAGCUUACAUUUGGAGAUCUUCUGGAAGCCACCAAUGGGUUCCACAAUGAUAGUCUUAUUGGCUCUGGAGGGUUUGGUGAUGUGUAUAAGGCUCAGUUGAAGGAUGGAAGCCUUGUUGCCAUCAAGAAACUGAUUCAUGUAAGUGGACAAGGAGAUAGAGAAUUCACUGCUGAAAUGGAAACCAUUGGGAAAAUCAAGCACAGGAACCUUGUUCCUCUUCUUGGAUACUGCAAGGUUGGGGAAGAAAGGCUCUUGGUAUAUGACUACAUGAAAUAUGGAAGCCUUGAAGAUGUUCUGCACGAUCAGAAGAAAGCCGGCAUCAAGUUGAAUUGGGCAGUGAGGAGAAAAAUCGCAAUUGGCGCGGCUAGGGGAUUGGCUUUCCUUCACCACAAUUGCAUCCCUCACAUCAUUCAUAGAGACAUGAAGUCGAGCAAUGUGUUGCUAGAUGAGAAUCUCGAAGCAAGAGUCUCCGAUUUCGGAAUGGCAAGACUAAUGAGUGCAAUGGAUACACAUUUGAGUGUUAGCACACUGGCAGGAACACCGGGUUAUGUGCCUCCAGAGUACUAUCAAAGCUUUAGAUGCUCAACUAAAGGUGAUGUCUAUAGUUAUGGCGUGGUUUUGUUGGAGCUUCUAACAGGGAAAAGGCCAACAGAUUCAGCUGAUUUUGGUGAUAAUAAUCUUGUGGGGUGGGUGAAACAGCAUGCAAAGUUGAAGAUAAGCGAUGUUUUUGACCCUGAGUUGAUGAAGGAAGAGCCAAGCCUAGAGAUUGAGCUUCUUCAGCACUUGAAGGUUGCAUGUGCUUGUUUGGAUGAUAGGCCUUGGAGAAGACCAACAAUGAUUCAGGUCAUGGCCAUGUUCAAGGAGAUUCAAGCAGGUUCAGGGGUUGAUUCACAAUCCACAAUAGUCACAGAUGAUGAAAGUUUCAGUACAAUUGAAAUGGUAGAAAUGAGCAUUAAAGAAGCACCAUGAGAAUUGGAUUGUAUUAGGCACUAGGCAAGAUUCCGGAGUCUUUAAUCUUUUGUCUUUGUUGGAACAAACAAAAGGAAAGAAGAAAGAAAAGCAGGAGAUGAUGAUGAGGAUGAUACAACAGAACUCAGCCCCUUCAAAAGUUUUUCCUUUUCCUUCUUCUUAACCUCAUUCAAUUCAUUUUCAGAUAAAGAGAGGAGAAAGCAGAUAAUAGACUGGGAUUUUCUGGGAUCUUUUGAUGUAUGUAGUCUCGUUAUUUUUUAUACGUAUAAACAGUUGUUUAACUUGUAUAUAAACAUUUUCAGUUGUUACCUGUUAUUACCACCUAUGUUUCUUUC